AUGGCUGACCUUGGCUCGAGUCGCUUCGCAAGUCCACUUCGUCUUUUCACGUAUGAAUCCCUUGUUCGGUAUCGCAGGCCUCUUCUGUUGCUACCCUCGGUCUUGGGUCCUUGUUGCGAUUGCCGGACGUCAAAAAUGCAGUUGAUGGCCAGCUUGGAGGCGGAGAAGUCAUUAUUAAGUAUUCUGCAAAUAUCUCUUGGAUUCAUCACACCUUCAAAGGGCAUGCCGCGUUGUGCUCACAAGUUUAUGCAUAAUCCUGCCCGAUGUGAGCUCUCUCGUUUCCUUUGUUCCGAUAGAAUGACACCUCUUUCAUUCUCCACACCCCGUUGAAAGCACAAUUUCCCUGUAGACAUCGUCAAAUUCGAGUCUCCUCAUUUGGCUUUGUCGCGAAAUUUCGUCGACUCUUUAGCCGCCCUCAAUCGUCUGUUUUCCAGCGGAUAUUUUCACUUUUUGUCGGAACCUUUUCCUAUUCACAACCACUUCCCUCCCUUUCUCAUUCUUCCCCAGCUCGACAGUACAGACGAGCAAGCGGCCCAGGUUCGUCGUGAGCUGGCAGACCAACUGGCCCUCAUCGAGGAAGCGAGCCGAUAUGCCUUGCCCUCUCUUGACCGUAUCAUCGUUGGGCCCCCUGCGCCCCUUCGCCUCACAUACGCAUACUUCCAUCUUACCCUCAAUCAUACUGCCUUGGUCAUCUGCCGAUUGGUCAUACUUGAGUGGUUUUGGGUCAGGACCAGCUCCUGA